AAUCAUCAAUUGUUUUUCUCAAAGUGUGUGAAAUCAAUAACAAACAUCGCUAAGAACGUCGCAUGGAAAUACGCAUGCAUUUUGCAUUGCUUGUGGGCAUCUGUCUCGGGGUGUCCCAAGCCGCUGAGCAGCCGAUUCACCAGGAACUCGCAGAUCUGAGCCAUGUAAGUGCCGGACGUGCGGAUGGCCAUUUGGUAGCCCAUCCGCUGGAUUGCAGUGCGUACUUUGCCUGCCACAAGGUGACCACGCUCUUCUACUGCGACCAGGGCCUACAUUUCGACCCGAUUGAGUCCGUGUGCGAUUUUCCAGAAAAGGUGAAUUGCACUCCAGCGGAUAGCAUUGCCACCGUCACUACCUCCACGCCUGGGCUGGCGAAUGUCGACUACAAUUGGUGGCUGGGCCGGCCUCAGCCGGUCUUUGUGGCCGUCGAUGUGGCAACCGGCCUGGCCGUGAGCCCCAUGGACCGCUACGACCCGGAGCACAUCGAGUGCCGGCACUUUGGCGCCUACUUUCUGCCCCACCCCACCAGCUGCCAGCUGUACUUCAUUUGCGCCUACGGCCAUCUGCACCGGCACCAGUGCGGACGUGGCACGCACUGGAACUACAGGAGCUCCGAGUGCCAGCUGAGUAGCGUCGCUGAGUGCUAUGCCAACAGCCGUAAUCCAGCUCUGGCUUCUACUCAGAAACCAACCGCGACGCCUGGCCAAGUCACAGUGUGCUACAUUGUAAACGUCAGCAGCAGCAGCAGUAGCAGCAGCAGCAGCAGCACUAUGCCCAGCUUGCCCAGUUUGCCCAGCGAACGGGAGCCGACAACAGUUGCCGUCGCACCAACUCCGCCAAGUGUGGCACACAGCACCUUGAAGUGCCCCUCGGAGCGCCAGAGCUAUCUGCCGCAUCCCGAUGACUGUGGCAAGUACUACAUUUGCAUUGCGGGCAUGCCGGUGCUCACCGCCUGUCCGAAGGGCCUCUACUGGGACCAGAGGGCUGGCUACUGUGACCAGGCCAAGAAUGUCAAGUGCUUUCAGAACUAGCAAAUAAAUGCGUCCAAGAGCUAUAAGCGUC